AAAUUAGUCAUGGAUUUGGUACACGCCCUAAUCUGUCCGACUGACCGUGAUCACCAUGCGAACGAAUAUACCGGAAGUCACAAUUGUUUGAAUAGUUGUGGAGGGAAUGGUAUAUUGGAAACAAUGGACAGACGUGAAAGGGUACAAGAUCGAACCCAAAGCAAUAAAUGACACAAAAGAGACAGAUGGAUAUAUGAGGUUGAAAGAAAAAAUGAUUAUACGAUGAACCAUGUUUUUCCAUGCACUCACCACUUCGGUUUUGUUUGCUGCUGUAAUCCUCGCCAGGGAGCUCGGUUGGAUGAAAUGGGAUGCCUUUGACGAGCUGGAUCAACAAUUCCAAAGCGUUACAGGAGAAAACUGCAGAUCAAAGCGACUAGAAGAUCUUCUAAUGCCAGAAAAUGUGGUCACGCAAAUACCUCUGUACAAUAAACUGCAGACCAGUAUAUUUUACAAGAAUCGGACCAAUCUCGUUCACUUGCACAAUAUGGCUCUGAACAGAGCGUUCUUCUUCGGAUACAUCCAUCAAAGACUGAACACUUCCGACACCUUCAAACUUCUGCCAAACGUUCACUAUUUACACUUGUCCGUUUCAGCUGACUUGAAUGCGAACCCAACAGUCAUAAAUGGUAGUGCUUUGUAUUUUGAUAACGAUUGCUAUUAUCCCAACUGGCUUAUUAACUACAACAUAAAUAAGACAAUCCCGUUGUUUGCACCCCGGGCUUGGAGAUGGGACGAUACAUUCGAUAUGGAUAACCAUCUGAGGGAACCCACUCUGGACACGGCUUUCGUGUUGGAUGCUGGCAGUGGAUUCAACAAAAACUACACCGUAAAAAGCUUUCGCAUGAACCCUUGGUACAACUUCUGGCUACCCGACAACCAACCGAUAUACGACUCUACUCACAAAUUCACGUGGGGCGUGCAUUUAAAGUUUACCAACAGUUCGGGAGUGUUCAGACAGAAAACGUUUGAGGAGUACAAUUUUUUCGGUCCCAAUAACCCUGGAAUGCAUGACACCGAGGAGAAACUCCCCGUGCGCUUUACGAGACCUUACUUUGACUGUGGACGGUCAAACAAGUGGGUGGUGUCUGCGGUGUCCCCAAUCACCGACUUCAUGCCGAGGUAUAGCAACUGGACCCACUUAAGACGACCAAGGUUUAUUGGAGUAGCUGUGAUGGACACAGACUUCGAAAGAAUCGACUUCAAUCCGUGCGAUGCAGGGGACGGGAAUCCGGGACCGAGUUACCUGGCUGGCACCCACAGGUGUAAGAAACACUCGGGGUGUAAGCAUCUGAGUGGUUUUGGGUUCAGGCGAGGUGGCUACCGCUGUAAAUGCCGAUGGGGUCAUCGUUAUCCAAACGACAUAGAACAGCCUUACUGGGGAUACAAUAUCGAACAGUCCACCUUAACUGAAUAUAGGAAAGGUUUCAACUGUCCAGCCGUAGAUUAUAUGCAUGUUUUACCGGUGAUUAGUCAAGUAUCUAGCGUCUCUGUUGAAUUCUUUGAAGAAGAAUACAACACAGGAGUCUUUCAAUCUCGAUCACUGAAAUCCGUGAACAUUAUAAAAUCUCCAAGAGGUUUUGAAGAAAGGACAAACCCUAACCGCAAGAAGAGGUCCCUAUACGGUAGACCUUUGUUUGACCCUUCGGCUUAUGAAAGAGUUCUAAGAAUUUACCGCCAGAAAACCAGUGUGACAAAAUCAAACUGCAAGAAACUUUCUCCAUCUUCUCUCAUUCUUCCUGGGGACGUUGGGUAUGGUGUGGACUCUCAGUUCAAGUAUCAGGCUAGCACCGCCCUCAGACUGGCCCAUUUCCUGUCCGCUUUUCUUCAGAAUAUGGAAGACAUGGAUUCGUUUGGACACAUUAAAGGAGGAGGUCGUCUGCAUCAAGAACAUUUGUUUGGAGAAGUAUUAGCCAACGUUAUGGCCGAUUUCAAAAUAUUGUCUAGUGGUAUAUUCUAUGAACCGUACACUUUUCGAAAUCCUAAUGAAACAGUUCGUGAAUUAUUUGGACCCUAUGCUUACAGAAAGAACGGAGGUUUUUAUGCUCUUGACUCGGCAGGACUUGAUAGGCAUUACACACUUGAGCUGUGGUACCGAGAGAUGAAAUAUCGGUGGAAUACGAACACAGAAUUCCUAAAAACCUUCAAUAUCCGGUCAAUGAUGCGUUCGGAUAUAAACGGAUCAAGUAGUGUCCGACACGAACAUUUUCCUGUGACCUACAGAGCUCCAACCAUUGAGCAAGGUCUGUGGAUGCCGCCUGUGUUCAAAUGUGAUGACCGUGUGGAUACUUGGGUCAUGACAUAUGUAGUGCCAUUCUUUCGGGGAAUCAAAAUAUCUCGAAAAGUUCAGUUCUCAGGGGUAGUAACAAUUGAUGUGCCACUCGAUCUCCUGGAGAUAAAUCCUUGUCCCCAACCUUUCCAUGUUCAGAAUGCUUUCAAAAACACUGCCCGGUGCCAUACAGAAUCUACAACUUGUCGCCGGAUUAAGGGGUUCCGGUUUUCUCGGACAGCGUAUGGCUGUGACUGUAAACAAGGCUACGAGUAUAUAUUCAAAGACAAUAAGAGAUGGAUUGCUGGGGCGCUGAUAGAGCUGGAAUAUCAGAAGAAACUAAGAGGGCUAUUCAGCAGAUACGACUCGCUGAAAUGCAGAAUUUCUAGUGAUUCCAAGAUAUCGUAUAGUUCUGUGAUUGUUUUCGCUAACUUAUUUAUUGUAUGUGCAUUUCGUUAUUUAUGAGGACAUACUUAUAAUCUGUAUUAUAUUUAAAUUUUAAAUAUAUAUCAAAUAUGGUCACACUUGUACAUUGCACAGUUCUAGCUAUUAUAAUAGUAAAUUGAAGUAUUUAUGGUUGUAUGUCAUGUAAUACCGGUAUAUUAUUUAUCUUUAUAUUCAUUUGCUACACUUUUUAUAUUUUUAGAAUUAAUAAUUUAUAGUUUUUAUAGUAUUUUUAUAAUUAAUAAAUAUCUUGCUUUCACUGAAAUAUAUCUUUAGCUAGUUUUGU